AUGGGCGGCAGCCAACCGUACCUCUACGAACAGCCAGCGAGAUACUCAGCCUUGGACCCGUACAAUGGCUUCAAUCCGAAGGCUGCGACCAUGGCCAGCAGAGCGCCGCCGCCGAGGCCUAGGCCAAAGCAAGAGGGACCACUUGUCAAUUUCAACCGGCAUCCGGACAGCUACCUGAUCCUGCCGUACGGCCAGACCAAUGUUAAGCCGCUGAAUCCAAAUACGAAGAAUGGUAUCAAAUGGACCCGAUGGGUCCAGCUAGGCUUCCGGAUACUGCAGCUCGUUGGUGCUAUUGGGAUGUUGGUCUGCGUCAUCUGCAUCAAGGGGACGCAAGAUGCUGAGGGCUGGAUCCUCAGGAUACCCCCGGGCGUUGACCUCCUGAUUACACUUUACGCCAUCUACCAUCUCAUGCGUCCAGCCAAGGGUCGCACACCCGCCAGCUCCGCUAGCUAUCACUUCUUCGCUCUGUUCAUGGAUACCGGCAUGAUACCCUUCUACGUUUUCAUCGCCAUGAUGGCCAAUUCGAAGUACGGCCAAGCGCCAGAGACAGACCAACGCUGGACAAGCUUCUUCAACUCCGAUAGUGCAACAGGAAAACUACUCCUUGCAACGUGGCUCACAGCCGUGGCUCAGGGCAGCCUGCAUCUGAUAUCCCUCUUGUUGGAUCUCUACCUUGUCGUCGUCUUCCGCCGCAUUGCACGCCUGCCACCAGACAUGAACCCGCUCGAAGACAACCUGACCCGGCGGGCCUCGAAGCAUAAGCACAAGAACUCCGAGAUCACCGUACAGAGCAACCUGUCGGAGAAGCGCAUCAGCGACAUGACUGGCAGCACUCUCUCCCUCAGCGCCCCCUCGCGCCUCUCUCAGGCCGCAGAGCCACUGAUCUCAGAUGCGCGUGCCAUGUCCUUUUUCCACAGCCGCACAGACUCUUCGUCCACAUUCUCCCCUCACAACCCAGAAACCGCUCGUCUAAGCCGCACGAACUUCCCUGAACAAGUGUACCAAGAACGUCUCUCCGCUCGCACUUCUCGGGCAGAUUUACACUCUCGCGAAAGAAGCCGUAGCAGGGGACCCACGCCGAGCUAUCAUUCCAGGAGCCAUAGCAGAGUUGACGAAGUUCGCAGUCGCAGCCGCAGCAGGAGCCGCGGUCCACCGAGCCAGCGUGCCUCGACCUUCCUUGAGCCCACUGCCGCAGACAUAGCAUCCAUGCCCAGCUCAGCCCGAAACUCGAGGGUACCGUCACCGCAGCAAGCAACUGGCGUGCAGUCUAAGCGGGGUUCUUUCCUUUCCGGGCCACCACCCCAGACUGCAGCUUACGACGAGAAGCCACUCCCCGCUCUAAAAUCAAUGCCAUCACACGAGAAGAAGACAUCGCUGACCGACGACAACUGGUUCGUGCACGCCUCCUCCGGCUCCGACUCCGACAGCGAGCACGACCCGUUCAACUAUAAGAAGCCGCAGGCACGCUCCUAUCAACACCUACCAGCCUACGGCCAUGAAGCACCCGAAGACUACUCUGACAGCGAGAGAGGCGCUUCCCUCCCGCUCCAGCCGCUCCAAAUGAACCCGCCCACCCCAACCACGCCCUCCUACCAGCAGCAGCAACAGCACGCCUUCCUCUCUCACGACCCCUACGCCCCCUCCCCCAUCGGCCGCGCCCUAACAACCUCCUCCCAGCACAGCACCUCCAGCCGGCCCAGCACGCUCACCCGCACGGGGACGAAGGGCCGCUACUACGGCGACCUCAAGGCCGCGACGCAGGGGAUUCUGCGGCAGGGGUCUACGAACGCGCCAUCCAUCAAGUCGGUCAAGUCGCAGUACGAGUUCGUUGGUGCGCCGGAGUACGUCGGGGCACCUGAGUAUGGCAACUAUGGGAACGGGACGAGGGAUAGUCCGAGGGUCGUUAGCAGGACGGGCGUGGAUCUUGACGAGGGUGGGGAUUUGGGAAGUGCGUUGUUGGGACGGCGGGAUGUUAGUGGGAAAGUCGCUGAGGAGGGGAGAGGGGGGUGGGCGAGGAGGGGGUUGGUGCAGAGGAAGGUUAGUGGGAUGGCAUGA